GAUGGACAGAAAAUCGAACCAAUAGAAGGUUGCUUUAGAGGGGCGCGUUUUAUUUUCUGCCAAUUGAAGGAGAUAUAAAGAGGGGGGGGUCUAAAACUAAUACAGAAGGAGGGGCGUGAUAAGAGUGAAUGGCAGCCUUUAGGCCCAAUCAGAAUUGGCACAUGGGGCCUGGCGGUAGAAGGCGGGAGAUUUGAAUCGCAGCUGGCCUCUCGCCUCUGAGCUCACUUUAAACGGAGGUGGAUUCAUCCUGUAUUUUAUUCUAGCCGCUGGUGGAGAACCCUUCAUCUGUGGCAGCCUCUGACUCUGAGCGGGUGCCGUGUGCCCUCCCCGCUGGCAUGGGGGCUUCCGAGAGCACCCCUGCAUCCAAGCUGCUGCUUAACAAGCACCUGGCACAUGUCAGUGAUCCACGCUCCCCUACGGCUGGGAUCCUGAGAACUCCCAUAGAGGUGCAGAGCUCCCCACAGGGGACUCCCCUGUUGGAUUCCAAGGAACAAGGAUCGGUGGACGAUGACCAGGAUCCGAACUUGGACCCUCGUUCCCCAACACCUGGCAUCUCACGCACACCCAUGAAAGCUGUGGUGGCUGACACCAUCAACAACCUCGUGAAGCAGCUCAGCGAAGCCUUUGUGGCCACAGCGGCCGAGGAGGGACCGCUCCCUGAGGAGCCCUCCCCUCAGGACCGGAAGCAUGAGAAGGCCUCUGUCACAGUGGUUUCGAGGGAGGAGGCUCCCUCUGGUGAAGUGUCCCAGAGGGAAGAGGAGAGGAGAGAGCCGCUAGCUGAGAACGCUUCUGUCAUGGCUGCCCCGAGAGCAGGGGUGAACCCAGCUGAUGCCCUUCGGCCUGCAGGGAGCAAGCCAGGAAGGCGCAAGCCCAGCGGCAAGAUGCUGGCUGUCACCACAGGGUCCGGGAGGUCUCCUCUCAGUGUCUUGCAGGAUGACAACUCCCCCGGUUCCCGGGCUUCUCAGAGCAAGAGGCACCCAGCAGCGACAGACAGUCAAGGAGAGCGCAAGGAAGGAGUGUUGCCUCCUGGCCGAACCCUCAAAGCGGGCAGCUGUGGCCGGGGGUAUUCCCUGAACAAGGAGAACCAGCAGUGUCGUCUGGUGGAAAAUUAGUCCUCUUCCAGCCCCUCUGGGGAUUCCUGGCCUCUGACAACAGCCUUUCAAGAGCGGAAGGAGCCGGAGAUGAUGGGGCAUUGUGGUCUUCCCCCUCCCAGACACCCUGUUUCUAUUUGCUUUGUUCUCUCCUGGCCAAGGAAGGAGCAGCCUUUGUAUAUGUUUCUCACUUAGUUUCUUAUUUGUGUGUUUCUAGCACGGGCCUCUCUUCUGAAAUGCCCUCUUUGCCCACCCCGCUUUCCUGCCUGUGGGAAAUAAAUUUCACUUAGGAAUGAGGAAA